AUGAAGCUACCGUUUAACCAAGUUUUGGCUCCUAUGUUAAAACCUCACCUUGGACGAACUAGGAUAUUCUGUCAUCAUCCUACAUUCUGUAUGAGCAUUUUGUACACUUACUCGUAUGGCGUACUAGGUUUUUUGCUAAGUGCAAAUCAUUUGAGGAAGCACUUAGGUGAGCACCCUCCAGUAUCACCGGACACAGUAAGAGAUGAUAGUAACUUCAUGUUGCUCCAUGACUUAAAGAUCAUCGCAACGUCAAUGGGGCUGGUGCAGUACGCCUGUCUGUUAGUAGGAUGUUUCACUGAAAAUCCGUCUUUAUUCAUUCCACAUUUAGCAGGUCAAAUGGUUAUGGUUGCUAUCAAAAUCCUGAAUGCUCUUCUACUGUUUGUUCCGAUUAAUGCUAAAGCUAUCGGCAAACUGACCCAUAAAAUUCCCGCUAUAAUGUUGAUGGCCUUCAACUGGCUGCAAGAAUUUUGUGUAUUCCGAAAGUAUCUGUGUAUUUGCGACUUAUAA